CACGGGCCUUGAGCUAGGGUUUUCUUCGCCGCUACCUCCCUACGAGGCGGGCGUGCAGCCAUGGCGCUGGUGCAGGCGGGCAUGGGCCUUACCCGGGUCGUUAUCCUCGUCGGCGCCGGCGUUGCCGGCUCCGUCGUCCUCCGCAACGGCCGCCUCGCCGAGAUCCUCGGCGAGCUCCAGGAGAUACUCGACAAGGGGAAGAAGGUGAAGGAUGGAGGAGGGGGAGACGGGGAAACCGAUCUCAACGAGGCUCUUACCUCGCAGGUGCGUCGCCUUGCCAUGGAGGUCCGGCAACUUGGUAAUUCACGUUCAAUAACUGUUCUCAAUGGAGGUUCUGCACAAUCAGGAGUAUCAGGCCUGAUAGUACCUGCAGCAACUGUAGGAGCACUGGGUUACGGUUAUAUGUGGUGGAAGGGGAUCUCGUUCUCAGAUCUAAUGUAUGUCACCAAGCGCAACAUGGCAAAUGCUGUUUCAAGCAUGACUAAACAUUUGGAGCAAGUGCAAAGUUCUCUUGCUGCUGCUAAAAGGCAUUUGACACAGCGCAUUGAAAAGUUGGACGAUAAAUUGGAUCAGCAAAAGGCUCUAUCUGGACAAAUAAGAAAUGAUGUUACUGAUGCACGUCUGAAGCUUGAGAAUAUUGGUUCAGAAAUUAAGAACAUCAAAGAAUUAGUUUGGGGUCUGGAUGGGAAAAUUGAUUCAAUGGAAGCUAAACAGGACUUCUCAUGUGCUGGUGUGAUGUACCUCUGCCAAUUCAUAGAGCAAAAUGGUGGAAAGCUUCCGGAUCGCCUGGAAGGCUCCAAAGUGACUACAAAGCGUUUUGGAGGUCAAAAGUUCUUGCAGGGAUUGCAACUGGCAAUAGAAUCAGGGAAUUGUGGCAAGGACACCAUUGAUAUGCUGUUGAAAGAUGCUGAUUCCUCUGAUAAAAUAAACAGGACGUCCCCCAAAUCAGGCAGUUAGUCAUUCUUUGGUCGAUACUAGGUGUGGAACAUAUAUAUCUAUCGAGAUUCGUUGCUCAAUCGGAAUAUUGUAAAGGGUUUUCAUUACAAGUAAACAUAUAAAGAGCUGCAGCCUUUUGCUUGCAGGAAGUGUUUUCUGUUUAAUUUGUAAACUUGCGCAAAAUGUUAGUAGUUGCUGCCAAAGAACCUAGGCCAUGCUUUAAUUUUGUGGCUUCUCUUUGUGAUAUCUAUAUAUAUAUUAAACGGUAUAAUAAGCGGCUGGUCCAAACUUAUCAGAUAUGCUAUCCAUGUCGCUUAAAUUAUAUUAUAC